AUGAAACAGGCCCCAGUUAACAUCGAGUUGGCGCCCAGACGGCUAGCGGGAGGUCUCAAGCCGGUGCUAUUGGAGAAAUUGCCACAGCUCAACUGCUCAGCAUCGAGCCUGCUGCUUUCCAUCACGAAAACGAGCGAUGGCCGCUGGCUCCCGUGCACAGAUAAACUUGUAGCAGUCCUGCAAGAGGGCCUAAUGGCGGCGGAGAUUGAGGAGUGGCCAACGACCGCCUUGAAUCCGUCGACCAAGGCCGGAGACCUGGUUGCUGGGAGUACAAGCCGCCAAAUUCACGUGCUGGUGGACGGUCUGGAGGAGCCAUCGAGUGGCUUUGUACGCCAAGAUUGGACAAAGUGGUGUCUGAAGGAGUUUCGAGCAUGCAAGAUUACUCGGACAUCGGAUCUACCGCCGCUUGACUCUCUGAAGACUUUUAUCAAGCAAGAACUGGCAGUGAAAAUUGGGGCCUCCACGGAUUUCUUCGAGCUGUAUUCGACAGCAUCAUGUGACUCGGAGCUGGUGGGAAAGCUCUUUCAAAGCGAGAGUACCAAAUCUUGUUGUCCCCCAAUAAGGAUAUCGUAUGUAUCGUUCUGGCUCGACGUCAUCGGCUAUUACCUCAACUUUAUGUUUCCCAGGGAACGAAUUGAACCGGGACGCUCGUCGCGUUAUUUCAUGGAAAGCUUCGCGUACUCGGUGGAUGGAGUGUGUUUCUUUCGUGAACUGGAGAAAGGAUACAAAGGCUGUUCGGUUGAGGUUGGAUGCCGUGAAUUGCUUAACAACCUCGACUGGGUUUAUGGAGAUGUUCCCUAUUUGUUCAGGUACGUCGCUGUCGACACUGAACUUCGAUUGUACGCAAUUGAGCGUCCAACGUUUGAUCAGCUUAAGGCGACGACUACAGAGAUUGUCGUGAAGACAAUUGAAGAUACCUCGGAGUACCGACGCAUUCUUAAGCACACGAAAGAAGUUUACACAAUCCUCGACACGUUCCGAGUCCCCAACGUGGACCGAUUUCAGACUCCAACAGCGCUGGAUGAACAGCAGCAUGGAUUGGUAUUCACACCGCGAGGAUUUGAAGUCAAACCUUCGAAUCUAGCCGCGCUGUUUCGAGCUAUCGGCAACGUCCUAGAGGCCCUAGUGAAGUUUCACUCUGCGUCGUGGAUGCACCGAGACGUUCGCUGGGCCAAUGUGGCCAAACGUCGAGACGGUUCUGACGGGUGGUUGCUGGUUGACUUCACGGACGCUGCUCACAGUCCGCAGCUCUCAGACAAUGCCAGGCACUUGAUGCAGGAAGAACAUGCCCCGGAGAUUCGGGCAGCUGAUAGCCAUUCAGUAGAAGCGGGUAUUUGGUCGGUGGGCCAUUUGAUUGCAUCGAGCGACGUAGGCGAGUGGUUUGUCGUGGAAGCGAGAGCUGACUUCGUACGCGAACUAAUGCGAGGAAUUCCGUCGGACCGACCUAAUGCUCAAGAUGCGCUAGAACGGCUUCACCAACUUGAGCACGAGUUACCUCACUUCUCACCACCGAAAGCGAGAUGA